UCGUGCUUAGUAAUAAUGAUAAUUGAAGCUGCCAAUGUUGCGAGGAUCUAUCCUUUUGUCAAGAAUUUCUUCCGAUACAAAUCGCACGAAAAAGAAUUAAAGCCAAAAAUUGUAAAUAAUUCAUUUGGUAAAUAUGAAGUUGUAGAACCAUGGCAUGUUUCUGAAAGAAGACACGUGCCAUCAUAUAUUCCUAAGCCAUCUUAUAGUUCAACUAAAAUUCCACAACAAGGACCAAUAAGACCAGAGAUUAAAGAUCAAAAUCAAAUAGAAUGUAUGAGAGAAAGUUGUGAACUUGCACAAUAUGUUCUUACUCAGGCAGAACAAUAUAUCAAGCCUGGUGUCACUACAGAUCAACUAGAUGAAAUGAUUCAUGAAAUGAUUGUAAAUAACGGAGCAUACCCUAGUCCGCUUAAUUAUCGAGGAUUUCCAAAAUCUAUAUGUACUAGUAUUAAUAACGUUGCAUGUCAUGGUAUCCCAGAUGAUCGUCCAUUAAAAUGCGGAGACAUAAUUAAUGUAGAUGUGACUGUUUAUCUAAAUGGCUAUCAUGGAGAUUGUUCAAAAACAUUUGAAGUAGGAGAAAGUGAUGCUGAGGGUAAAAGAUUAAUACAAGUGACUGAACUUUGCCUUCAAAGUGCAAUAAAAAUUUGUAAACCAAAUGAAAAAUUUUGUAGUAUAGGUAAUAUUGUGGAAGAAAUAGCAAAUAAGCAUGGAUUUAAUGUAAUUCCUGCAUUUGCUGGACAUGGCAUAGGAACUUAUUUUCAUGGGCCACCAGACAUCUUACAUUUUGCGCACGAAUCUCCUGAAAGAAUGCAACCAGGUAUGACAUUUACUAUAGAGCCAAUUCUGAGUCAAGGUGGAAAAGAGGUGGAAAUUUUAGAGGAUGGUUGGACAGCUGUAACAGUAGAUGAUGCUAGAACUGCACAAGUGGAACAUACCAUUUUGAUAACUGAUAAUGGUUGUGAAAUAAUGACAAAGUAGUUACUGAUAUUUAUAAAGUUGAUAGAAAGUAAAACUUUAUAUAAUUCAAAACAAGCUAUGCUGUAGAAUAAAUUGUCUUUGAUUAUAUAAUUAAAUUUUAUUUAAUAAAAUUAUUUUGAAAUAUUUUAAA